GCCACGGCAAUGGCAAGGGAAAACUUGCCUAACUGUCGCCAUUGGAAGCCGCGCCGAGACCACUGACUCGUCACCAAAUCCUGCAACCACCCUAUUCCUUCAAUCCAAUGGAAUAGCCACAGAGCCAUGCCCAUAUUCUCCCUCCUCUCCUCCUCUUCCCUCUCUCUCCUUUCUCUCUCUAGACCCCACAGAUUACUCAGCUCCCAUCUUCUCUUCUCCGCCAUGUCCAUAAACAUGGCCUCCCAUGCCUUUGCAGGCAACCCCAUAAGAUCCAAAACCCCAAAUCCAACCAGCCCAUUUUCACCAAAGUCCGCCUUUCAAACCCUCCAGACCCUCCUCCUCGGAAACACAAAUACCCAUGAGCCAUCUCGCCCUGAUUUCAAGGUUCUGCCCUUCAGAAAGGGCAGGCCUUUGGCUGGAUCAACCUGCUCGGAUGGGGUUUCCGGACCGAAUUGGCAUCUGGGUUGGUUGAGUUUGGGCGAUUGCAAGGCCUUCUUGGGUAAUUCUGGGGUUGAGUUUGGUGCAGAAUCGUUGGUUUAUUUGGGUUCAAUGGAAAUGGAGGAGGAAGGUGUGGCUUAUUGGGCGGUUGAUGUGUCUGAGGCCGAUAGUUUGGUGAAUGAUUUGGGCAGUAGGCAGCUGUGCUUUGUUGAGCUGAGGACUUUGAUGGUGGCCACUGAUUGGAGUGAUGCCCGGGCUAUGGGUGAACUCGCUGUUGCCGGUCAUGCCAGGGCAUUGCUAGAAUGGCACAACAUAUCACGGUUUUGUGGACAUUGUGGAGAAAAAACGGUGCCCAUGGAAGCUGGGAGACGAAAGGAAUGCUCCAACCAGUUAUGCAAAAAGAGGAUUUACCCUCGAGUGGAUCCAGUUGUGAUUAUGUUGGUAAUUGAUAGAGAAAAUGACCGUGCACUUUUAAGUAGACAGUCAAGAUUUGUGCCACGUAUGUGGAGCUGCCUUGCUGGUUUUAUUGAGCCUGGAGAAAGCUUAGAAGAGGCAGUAAGAAGAGAAACAUGGGAGGAGACUGGCAUUGAAGUUGGAGAAGUUGUCUAUCACAGUUCGCAGCCGUGGCCUGUUGGACCCAAUAGCAUGCCAUGCCAACUUAUGGUGGGGUUCUUUGCAUAUGCUAAAUCACUUGAAAUUAAUGUGGACAAGGAAGAGUUGGAAGAUGCCAAGUGGCACAGUAGGGAAGAUGUGAAGAAAGCAUUGACUUUUGCCGAGUACAAGAAGGCACAGAGAACAUCAGCAGACAAGAUAGAUCAGAUGUGCAAAGGAGUGGGAAAAGGACAGAACUUAGCUGCUGACUUCAAUGUGGAAAGUGGCGAACUUGCUCCAAUGUUUAUACCCGGGCCCUUUGCAAUAGCUCAUCAUCUCAUCUCUUCGUGGGUCUAUCAGGGUGAAUUAGAUGGGGUUGAAGCCCAAGUUAGACAACCCAAUGGUUCUCUGUCAAAUUUAUAGCAGUCAUUCCAUUCCUAAGGUAGUUUUCCAUCUUCUAUUUGAUUCUGUGAAAUCAGCACCCUUUCAUUUUGAAUUCCAAACAGGUGGUUUUGGUGAGUUUUUCAAUCAUCAUGUUAGGGAGUUUCUGUAGUCUCUCUAAGAUCAAUAUGAUGCAAGCCCACCCUCCCUCUCUGAGACAUGUUUUCAUAGCGUAGCAGUGUUACAUAUGUUUUUGCCUUUUAACUCUAAAUAAUCCUAUCCUGCUAUAGCCUGUAGCUACAUAUCUAAGACUGCUAUAUCUCUUUCUGCAUCUUCCCGGGGUUCUAUGAUAUCAGUCAUUUCCAAUAUUAUCAGAGUGUUAAUGCCUCGUCGAUGAUCUAAGGACAUUGUUCAGCUGCCUUUGUUUACCCUUUUGCUAUAUCUUCAGUUUGCACAUCUCCAUUGUCAGAAAAUUUGCCUUCAUGUCAAAGCCGCCUUCUUCAUGCUUCCACAAUCAAGAACACUUCGAUGAAGAAGCCAUCGAGAUUGCCAGUGUAAGAACAGUUGUGAGUUUGAUCUGAAACUCUCAGGCUAUCUUGUCGUUUACGUUUAAUGCAGCUUGUGACAGUGACACAUUAUUGUUAAUAAUCUUUCACAUCAUUGUAAAUAACAAAGCCGGAUACAUCGGCUGAUUCUACACUUGUUCUCUUCUACAUUGUUAUCUAUCCACGAAGAGAAAAUGAUUUUUAGUA